GACUUGACAGUGACAUUGACAGCAAGUUGACUGUUGUUGCUUGGUUGGAAAAUUUGGUUUUUUUUCUCAGAUUUUUAAUGUAACAACGCAACUUAUUUUCAAUACUAAAUGUAUAUAUAAAGCUUUACAUAAAGAUCCAAAAUGAAAAACCGAUUCAACACAUACGAUAUAAUAUGUAUGGUAACAGAAUUACAAAGAUUGAUUGGCAUGCGAGUCAAUCAAGUCUAUGAUAUAGACAAUCGUACCUAUGUGAUAAGGUUGCAGCGUUCUGAGGAGAAAAGCAUUCUUUUAUUGGAAUCUGGAAAUAGGUUCCACACAACUCAAUUUGAAUGGCCCAAAAAUGUAGCACCUUCUGGAUUUACAAUGAAAUUACGUAAACACCUAAAGAAUAAACGUCUUGAAAGGUUAACACAACUGGGUGUGGACCGUAUCGUUGAUAUGCAGUUUGGUUCCGGAGAAGCAGCAUACCAUGUCAUUCUAGAGUUGUAUGACAGAGGCAAUAUUGUAUUAACAGAUCAUGAGUGGACUAUUCUUAAUGUAUUGAGGCCUCAUGUGGAAGGUGACAAAAUAAGGUUUGCUGUUAAAGAAAAAUAUCCACUUGACAGAGCUAAAACAAACUAUGAUGCACCAUCCAGUGACACUUUGAAAAAUAUAUUAUCUAAAAGUAAACCAGGUGACAAUCUGAAGAAAAUUCUCAAUCCUAAUCUAGAAUUUGGUGCGGCUCUAAUAGACCAUGUGCUCUUGGAAAAUGGUCUGACUGGCAAUAUGAAAGUUAGCCCUGACCCCAACAAGGGUUUCUAUUUGGAGAGGGAUCUUGACAAACUGGUCAUAGCUUUGAAGCAAGCAGAAAAGUUGAUGGAUGAUGCUAAAACAGAAGUUUCUAAGGGCUAUAUAAUCCAAAAGAGGGAGGAACGUCCGAACCCUGAUGGUUCAGAGCCCACCUUUCUGCUAACCAAUGUGGAGUUCCACCCCCUAGAGUUGAUGCAGCAUCGUGGCCUUCCUCGCGUCGAGUAUGAAACCUUCGACAGGGCCGUGGAUGAAUUCUUCUCCGCCCUGGAGGGACAGAAGAUCGACAUGAAGACAGUCCAAGUGGAGAGGGAAGCGAUGAAGAAACUGCAGAACGUUCGCAAGGAUCACGAGAAGCGCGUGUCAGAACUGGAGGCGGUGCAGGCGUCGGACAGAGAGCGCGCUGAACUCAUCACCAGGAACCAACAGCUGGUGGACAGCGCGCGCCUCGCCGUGCAGACUGCGCUCGCCAACCAGAUGUCCUGGGAUGACAUUAAGCUGCUAGUUAAAACUGCGCAAGACAACGCGGAUCCCGUAGCGUCCUGUAUAAAGGACCUCAAGCUGGCCACCAAUCACAUCACCCUACUGCUAUCUGAUCCGUACCAACACAGCGAACAAGAAGACGAACUGAAGCCUAUGCUCGUGGACGUAGACCUAUCACUUACAGCGUUCUCCAAUGCCAGGAGGUACUAUGAUCAAAAACGAAACGCAGCCAAAAAACAACAGAAGACGUUAGAGUCAGCCGACAAAGCGUUGAAAAGUGCCGAGCGGAAGACGAAGCAGACGUUGAAGGAAGCGAGCGCCAUCAGCAACAUCACCAAGGCGCGCCGCACGUACUGGUUCGAGAAGUUUCUGUGGUUCAUCUCCUCUGAUAAUUAUCUGGUGAUAGGCGGUCGCGACCAGCAACAGAACGAGUUGCUGGUGAAGCGCUACAUGCGCGGCGCGGACGUGUACGUGCACGCGGAGGUGACGGGCGCCGCCUCCGUGUUGGUCAAGAACCGCAGCGGCGAGCCCGUGCCGCCGCGCACACUUGCAGAGGCGGGCCAGGCGGCGGUCGCAUACAGCGUGUCGUGGGAGGCCAAGGUGGUGACGCGCGCGUGGUGGGUGUGGGCGCAUCAGGUGAGCAAGUCCGCGCCCACCGGCGAGUACCUGCCCACCGGCUCCUUCAUGAUCCGCGGCCGCAAGAACUACCUGCUCACAGACCAUCUCGCCUUCGGGUUCACGUUCAUGUUCCGGCUGGAAGACAGCUGUAUAGAGCGUCACCGCGGCGAGCGCAAGGCCGCGCCCGUCGACGAAUCCGCGUCUGACACCACCUCCGUCCAGGAAGAUGAACAAGAGAUAGUGGUCUCCGAUGGUGAAGAUGAUGCAUCAGACAAAGAAGAUUCCGGAUCAACAAGUGAUCCAAAACUAGAAACCAUCAGUGAAGAAUCCAAAACUGACGCCAAAAGAGAUUUAUCUCCCGACACUGAGAAAACAGAGACUGAAGUUGCUAGAAACGAAGACAAGAGAGGCGUUACGUCGGAGAAAGAGAAGGAAGAAGAUGAAAAAGACAAAGAUGGAUCUAGUAGUGACAGCGAUGAGGACAGUUCAGAAGCUGACUUCCCCGACACUCAUAUAAAGGUGGAUCACGGCACCGGUGAAGUGAUAACGCAAUCUAAAACGAGAACAAUAUCAGAGAUGUCCGACAAGAGUGACGGCACAUCCCUCUCAUUUCCAUCUCUACCAAAGAAAGGCGGCAAAAAACCGCAGCGAAGCAAGGAGCAAAAGCAGACGGAAGCGAAACAGAAGGACAAUGGCAUGAAACGAGGACAGCGCGGGAAGCUGAAGAAGAUGAAGGAGAAGUACCGCGACCAAGACGACGAGGACAAGGAGCUGAUGAUGAAAGUGCUCCAGUCGGCGAAACACGAGAAGGAAACUAAGAAGGCGCAAAAGAAAGCGGCCGCCGCGAAGGCGAACAAACCGAAGGGCCCGCGCGGACAGAAGAUACCCGCGCCCGCGCCGGUACUGCUCGAGGCGGACUCCGACCAGGAACCUGAACCGGACCAGGAGAUGGAGACCACUGCGGGCGAUGCUGACGACGAGUUGUUGAGUCAGCUGACCGGAUGUCCGCUGCCAGAGGACGAGUUACUGUUCGCUGUGCCCGUGUGUGCGCCGUACACAGCCUUACAUAAUUACAAGUACAAAGUGAAGUUGACCCCCGGCACCAGCAAGCGUGGUAAAGCUGCCAAAGCGGCGGUACAAGUGUUCCUCCGCGAACGUUCGGCGACCGCUCGCGAGCGCGACUUACUGAAGGCCGUUCGCGAGGAGAACAUCGCGCGAAACUUCCCAGGAAAAGUUAAGCUUUCUGCGCCACACUUGCACAAACACAAAAAGUAGCCUAACGCAAAGAAAAAUACACUCAACUCGUAAAUAUUAUAAGAAUCAUUUUUCAAUAACGGCACCGAUGGCAUAGCAAUCAUGUUUUUCGCCAUCGAACAAUAAAGUCUGCACUUUAUGUACUUGUCUUAAGAGCGAUAUCUCUGUUAACUUCAGACAUUUAAUUUUUCGCCACGUUUUUGAAUAGUCUGUUUGAUUUCAGUUUAUUCACUGAUUUAUUAUGUAAUAUUAUUACUGUUGUUAUUUAUUAUAGCCGUUUUCGUUGUAAUUAUUACUCUCGUACAAUGCAAGUGUUUUUUUUGUCGUUGAUAAAAUAAUAUAAAAAAAUUAACAACCAAAAAUUUACUAUUUGCACAAAGUACUCAACCUCAAUACGUUUACUACACAUCAUAAAAAGACAAUAAAAAAAUACUUCUUGUGCCUGUUUUUAAGUUGAUAAAUAAUAGUUUUUUUGUUGACUAAAUGCAAUUAUAUAUGUACAGUACAUAAUCACUUUUGUUAAGAAAUUGAGGAAAAUUAGAAUAGAAAUGAUAUUAUUUUGUGACAGUUUCAUAUUGAAAAGUACAAUGCCAGCACCGUUGAACAUGCCAGCAAUUUUUUGUCUACUACUACUCUUCUAAUCAGAAAUCAUGAUGUCUCUUUCUAUUAUUAUAGACACAACAUGGACAGUUUAUAUUAAUAUAUACAAAUAAAAAAUGAGAAAUCUCUUACUAAAAUGUAUAGCAUAAAUCAAAACACCAACAAUGUUAUAAAAGCGUAAUUCAAUUUGAAGUGAUAUUUUUAUUGUUAAGAAUUGUGAAUACUUAUUUGUUCAAUAAAAUAUGAUACUUUUUAAAAUGU